GACAACAGGUCCUCGCACGGUCCCGGGAGAAGUGAGCUGUCCACAACUCGGCGAGCACUCGGCAGGAGAGUCAGAGCGGAGCUCCCCAGACAGCCGGAGCAGAGCAGCAGACAACCAUCUCGCCUGCCCCAUCACGACUUGUCAAUAAGCCCAGAGGACUUUCCGCUUGUGAUCUUAAUGAAGAGUCGGGGCCAAAAAGCAGGAUUAUUGACGUUUUUCAAGGAAAGGAAACCGAAAGAUUGUGGAAUUGUCGUGUUGACCUUUGUGCUUUUCUUCCUCCUUAACUGAAAGAAAACACCAUUGAGGUUUCUGCAGAAAUGGGUCGUCAAGAGGGGGAACCCUUGUGGAAGAAGGUCACUGAAAACAUUGAGGAGGUGUUUGACUGCAUGCAGGAGUUGGGAUCGGGGGCCUUCUCAGAGGUCUACAUGGUGAAGGAGAAGAAGACAGGAAAGCUUUUUGCCAUGAAAUGCGUGAAAAAGAAACAGAAAAGAGACCUCAAUCUGGAGAAUGAGAUCAACGUGCUAAGAAGAAUCAAACACGACAACGUUGUCGGGAUGGAAGACUUGUAUGAAAGUCAGACCCAUUACUAUCUCAUCAUGCAGCUGGUUGCAGGCGGGGAGCUCUUUGACCGCAUACUGGACCGGGGGGUGUACUCGGAGAAGGACGCCAGCAGCGUGAUCCAGCAGGUGCUGCAGGCCGUCAGCUAUCUGCACGAAAACGGCAUAGUGCACCGAGACCUCAAGCCAGAGAACAUCCUGUAUUACAGCCAGGCAGAGAACUCCAAAAUCAUGAUCAGUGAUUUUGGACUUUCCAAGAUGGUAGACAAUGACAUCAUGUCGACGGCCUGUGGCACGCCGGGAUACGUAGCUCCUGAGGUGUUGGCACAGAAGCCCUACAGCAAGGCGGUGGACUGUUGGUCUAUCGGAGUCAUCACCUACAUCCUACUCUGUGGAUAUCCGCCUUUCUACGAAGAAAGUGAGACAAGACUGUUCUCCAAGAUCAUGAAGGCGCAGUACGAGUUUGACUCGCCCUUCUGGGAUGAAAUAUCGGAAUCUGCGAAAGAUUUCAUCCGUAACAUGAUGCAGAAGAACCCCAGCAUGCGCCUCUCCACUGACGCUGCGCUCCGACACCCCUGGAUUAUCGGAAAGACGGCCCGUAGUCAGGACAUCUACUAUUCAGUCAGCGUCCAGAUCCAAAAGAACUUUGCCAAGUCCAAGUGGAAGCAAGCCUACAACGCCGCCGUAGCCAUCAACCACAUGAAGAAGCUGCAGCUGGCCACCUCGGAGCUGGUCGCGAGGAACGCCUGCGUCCCGGACAUCAGGGUCAUCGACGUGUCCUCCCCGGACAAGAGCCGCAAGCGCCUCGAGCCGGACAAACCGGAGCCCAAGCCGGCGGAGGGCCGCGGGGCCGCGAAGGGGACGGUUCGCAUCUCGCUGCCCGCGAGCCCCGUGGAAAUGAAGAGCCACUACCACGCGCUGAAGGCCACUCAGAGCCAGGCCGGCUCGCAUCACGCGCCCACCAUGGCCGAGCAGGGCAAGAACGCCUACCGCUCGGAGCCCGCCAACCUCAACGGGUACGGUAAAAAUCGUAACGGCAUGACUCUACAGACGGGAGUUUGCUCAGUCAUGUGAAGACUGCAGGAGGUUUACAUGCAAAUAUUUGACUUGGUCAGUGUUGCUGACCCGACUCAGCAUGCAGCGGUUUUGUGUCUCCCCCCCCCCCCCCCCCCCCGGUGCUGUGACUGUGGGGCGGAUCGACCGGUCCAAGAGGUCCCCACAGUCAGAAGGGGCAUCUUUAUUCUUGCAAAGGGUGCCUAUGUAGCCUCCUGAAUAACCACACAGAAGCACACACACACACACACACACAAUCUCCUGGAAAGGCGUAUAGGUAACAAGACAUAUCCUGUAAUUUGUAUGCAUCUGGGGAUUUUUAGGUGUGAUUUAUAUGCUGCUGUUGCUGUGAAGUCCAGACUAUAAGCAGUCACCGUGGCAACGGAAUGUUACUCAUUGACAGCCUCUCUUAGCUACGCAGAUCGCUUUCACUUCAGUCAGUACUGACUACAUAUUGUAGAAAUGACAUGCACACAGCAAGAAGUGUGUUCGCAAAUGUGUGUGCUUAAGCCUGUACACACACACACAUACAAAUGUAUGAGACUUGCUUUAACUUGCAACUUGCAUGAUGCAGACCGUAGUUAAUCUUCCUCUUAGCUUUCCGUUACCAUCUCUCUUGUUGAUGGAUCAGUUUGGACCCAAAUCUUAAAUCAGCUAUAAAAUACACUAAAACCAAAAAGUCUAUUAUCCAAUUCCCCCCCCCCCCCCCUCUUUUGGCUACCUCGGUAGAAUUCCCUAUCCAUGAAAAUAUUGAUUUUAUUAUUGUCGGUGUGGGCCUCCGGGCCUUUUCUUUGUCAGUCGGUGACUCUGCACGUCACGGCUCCGUACUGAAUUGACCUCACGUGGUCGUCUUUGUUUGUUUUGUUUUUUUGUGCAGGUAUACACUCGAUAACAGGGCGACAACACAAAGGUCAUCAUUUCAAACAGAGCGUUUCAAAAUUCAGUGGAAAGAAAGAAAAAAAAGUGGAUUUAUUUUGUUGAAUAGAGAUUCCUGACAAAGUCAAAAGGCCUUUGUGUUUGUACGUGGUUCUUUUAUGCACUUCAGACCUGAAAUGGGUCGGUGCCGAGCCAAACGCUAGAGGAAGGGUCAAUAAUUAAAGUCGUUACGGUAAGGCUUCAUUCACCAGGCUUUAUAUCACAUGUACUGUUUUUUUUUUAUCAGGGAAAGAGUUUAAAUCAUUAACGCACAGCAUCCAGUCUUAUUAGGACUUUGCUUACAUGUUGUUGAAGUAAAAUGCACACAAUGCAAUUUGCAUUAUGAAACUUCAUGUGAAUAAUAUUAUUGGCUAGCAAACCUGCAUUUGUUAUUGCAAUAGAAUAUAUGACAAAAUAAAUGCAUGCUUACUGCUUGAAAUAAACCCUACUGGUAUAAUGUAUCCUGGUAAAAUGAUUUCUUUAUUACCUUCUUUUUGUUAUUUCUUUGUUGUUGAAAUAAAUUUGUUAUUAUUUCCAAAUUGUUUUCUUCCAUUUUUAUAAAUACAAUAAUGAUGAAAAUAGAGCUGUAAAGACGGAAAAAAAGCAACAUUCACGUUAAAACAGGCAAGUCAUCAACAGUGUAAAUGCAACAAGUGUAUCCAGAACUAGCUGAACUCAUGUCAUGUCACUGCCAUCAAAUUCACUGUCACUUACUGCAAGUGCUUCACUCUCCAGUCUGUUUGUCUCUCCAGCUGUAAGCGGCUUUGACAUCGACCUGGUCCUUGUGUUUUA